GCCUAAAACAAGUGACAAAUCCGGGAUCCGUUCAUAGUCUUCUAAAGGGAGGACUAGGAAACAGAGACGCCUGCUGACAGAGAGGGCAGAAAUUAUCGCCGCGAGCGCGGAGCGGUGGAGGUCGUGGUCGCAGUUGGCAGUUGGCAGUUGGAAGAUUGGCGUGGUGAAGAUGGUGAACAUUCGGAAGGCGAAGGAGGAGGAGGUCUGCGUAAGCGAGGACUGCAAGAAGCUCACGGUGCCCAAGGUGACGCAGUGCAAGAAGCUCACGGUGCCCAAGGUGACGCAGUACAAGAAGGGCAAGGGGAGCCUGUGCGUGCAGUGCAAGAAGCCCAAGCCCGUCAUAAACAAGAAGGCGAAGACCACGAAGAAAAUGCUCCUGCAACUCCAGUGCCAAAAAUGCACUUUCUUUUUCACCUAGUUCUGGCCAGAUGGUGCUCCCGUGUCGUGUCGUUCGCGUUUCUGUUCAUUGCAGAUUCCCCGAUCUGACUGGCCCGAGGACUUACAAAAUGAAUCGGUUCAAUCACAACCUUGACACUGGGCAAGUUGGGCAAGUUAUGCAAGUCAUGCAGUGAACACAGUGCCAUGCUGUCGAAUGUAUUCGGCUUGCUGAAGGAAUACAAUGAUUACAUUAUGACUCCUG